AUGUUCACCAGAUUGGAUAAAAUAUUCAUGAUCCUGGCAAUAGCAGAUUUCUUAAUCUGAAUGCUGGGGCAUAUGUCCAUUGCAGUGGUCAACUGCUCGGAGUGGGUCAAGACCAAUGUGUCCUCAGUUGACUUCAUCCUCACCUGCUUGGCCAUCUUCUGACUCAGUCAUCUGUUGGUGCCACUGUUUGAGACAGUACUAGAUUCACAUUUACAUACCACUUAAACACUAGCAAAACCUACUAGUGUGCUUUGGGGAAUAAUUAAUCACUUCACUACUUGGCUUGCCACUUGGUUUAGUUUCUACUUCUUUAAGAGAACCCACUUCUCCCAUACCCUUUUCCUCUGGCUGAGGCGGGGAAUGAAGAGAGUGCUUGUUGUGCUGCUUAUGUUUUCUUUGUUCCAAAUGAUUUUCAGUUUCCUAUUGCUAGAAAUGUUUGCUGAUUCUUGGUUGAAUACUCCGUGAUAGAUAAAAGUAAUUCUGACUUUAUAUUUAGAUGAAAAUCAAACUGUCUAUGUUAACACUCUGGCUCUUCUUACCUUGACCCACUUUAUGUCCCUGGUUCUGUCCCUGACCUCACUUGUCUUAUUUCUGUCCUUGGUGAGACACAUUAGAAAUUAGGAGCUCAGCUCCCUGGACUCUGGAGACUCCAACACAGAGGCCCACAAGAGGCCCAUGACAAUGGUGAUGUCUUUGUUCUUCCUCUUCAUAGUUUAUUUUUUCCCCACACAAGUGGUAAGUUGGAUAUUUUCUAUGUUUUGGAACAAUAAGUAUGUAAAGUUCAUCAUGUUAGCAUUGAAUGUCUUUUCCUCAAGCCCUUCAUUUAUUCUGAUUCUGGGAAGGAAGCUGGGACAGACAGCCCUCAGGGAACUGUGGCAUCUUAAGAGCCACCUGAAAAGAUCCAAUCUUUUAGCUUUCUAG